AUGGCCGACGAUGUCGCGACAAGGGCUCCGGAAAGCCCGCGCAGAAGCACUAAAGCCGAAGGCGACAGAGCUUUGUCACCUCUGGCAGUCUUGCGGAAGGUAGCGCGGAAGUUUGGUCUGCUGCAGGAAGAUCACACUUGGCUGGAGGACAGCCAUGGCCAAAGUGGAGAUCCUUCUGUGCAAUACCAGCGCGGUGAGCAGCCAAUAGCAAAGUGGUGGACGCUCUUGCCGGUGGAGCCCUUCAAGUACCAGCGAGUAGUUGUUUUUGACACCGAAACGUCGGGCUUCGGUGCAGAGGAUGAGAUCAUAGAGAUUGGCGCUGUGGAGUUGGAGGUGCGUUCCAAAGCAGAAAAUGGGAGCAGUUUGUGGUCAAGUUUGUGGCCAACGGGAGUAUGUUUUCACAGCCUAUUGCAAGCCACCAGGCCAAUCAAUGCCAAAGCGUCGCAAGUGAAUGGUCUGGAUUUCGAGAUGUUGCAGGCAGUGGCAUCUAAGCAAGAUGCUAUCCGCAGAUUUAUGAACUUCAUUGGUGACGAGAAGACAGCGCUGAUUGCACACAAUGCUGCAUUUGACUUGAGGAUGCUCUUGCAAGAUCUGAAGCGCUGCGGACUGGAAGCUGAAGGAAUCAGGCUGGGGCAGCGAUGCUUUUGCAGUGCAGCCGCUUUUGGAGCCUUCAGGCCUUUGAGCCCGCGAGAUUUGACCACGGCUUGUUACCUGCUGGAUAUUCCCGAAGGCAGCCCAGGAAGCGUUUGGAGGAGUUCAACUCAUUCAGCCUUAGUGGACGCAGUUCUGACUGCAAAGGUCGUCCUGGCCAUUCUCUCCAAAGUCGCUGGUGAAGCCGGUCAACCUUUGCCUCGACCAACAGCUUUGCCCUUGCCCUGUAGACCAUCAAGCUCUACCAGAUUGCCUUCAGAAGCGUUCACGUCGCCAGAGCAGACGGGCCGGAAGCGCACAGGAAAACCAAUCUUUCCUGCUGGAGCCACUGGCGGUGCCGCAAAUAGAUGCUCCAGACCUGUCCUUGAGCUUGGCAGAGCAAGAGGUACAGUCUACCAUGCUAUGUCGGGGAAAGAAACGGUGGCGAAAACAAGGCCGGAAGGUCAUGGGUAUUGUCAGUUCAAAAUCUCGAAGAAGGGUUGCCAACAAUGGCUGCCUACAUUAGUGAAGCGCCUCCGAUUUCUUGCUGUGGAAUCUCACCUGAACCCACUAGCUAACUCGGCUAGCUGA